UUGUAUAAAGUUAUAUUAUAAGAAAAGCAUGGCAGGACGAACGUGUUCUCCUAAAUAGUAAAGAAUAAAAAUAUACAAUUCAAUUUUAUUGACAAGUUUCAAAGCCAUUCAAGAUGGCACAUUUAGAACAACAGUAUGUUGAUUUGACAAAAGAGUUCAGCAUGUUGCCUGCUAUUUACGAUAUUCUUAAAUCGAUCGAAAAGACAAACGACUCACAGGAAAUUACUAGAAAGGUUGCCGCUUUUUGUGAAAAGAUUCAAGCUUGUCGUGAAUUGUUGGACAAAAUUCCUGGAAUUGACACCAACGUGGAGAAACAAAAGAAAGAGCUCGAAUUUUACCAAAAGAAAUACAAGGAGAAAUGCAAACUUUUGGAGCAAUUCAUGACACUGCCAUUGUUCACGGAGAUUGCAAAGAUUGAUGGAGAAUGAAGAAAACAUGGAUGCUUUGACUUGAUAGAUUGCAUUAAUCAUAGGAAUUUCAUCGUUAUUGGAAUAUUAUCCUUUGUUUAUUUUUUGAAAAUAAACAUGUUUGCUAUAGUCAUAAUGAUGGUGACAGUAAAAUUGCAAUUUUUCUCACCAUUUCAUUUAAUACAGUCUAUUACUGCAAAAUGACUUGUCAAAAUUACUGUAGACAAUGAACAUUUUCUUGUCAAAA